CUCUCUUUCUCUCUCUCUCUCUCUCUCUCUCUCUCUCUCUCCUCUCUUUUUCUUUUUUUUCUUUAUCUCUUUCUCUCUCUCUCUCUCUCUUUGUUUUUCUAUAUUUUUUUUUUACUUACAUUUACUUAUUAUAUUUAUAUGUAUUAUAUAUAUAUAUAUAUAUAUGUAUGUAUUUAAACGUCGUUUUAACAAUUUUAACGCAUCAAUCAGAGUAACCAUGAGCUUUUAACGGAUAAAAUCGUUAUUUGUCGUCGUCGUCGUCGUCGUCGCUGUCGUUGUUCUCGGCGUUGUUGUUAUCGUCGUCAUCACGAUCGAAGUAGCGCUCUCAUCUUCGCUAAAAGACGCGGAUCCAAGCCAAGGUCGUCUUUCUUCCUCUCGGGCACGACUUCCCUAACCUUUUCCUCAGUCACAUCGUUACCCACAUUCAGAUCUGUAUUAUAUACAUAUAUAUAUAUAUAUAUACAUAUACAUAUAUAUACACAUGUAUAUAUAUAUGUAUAUCUAUAUAUAUAUAGAUCAUAUGUAUUUAUAUAUUACCGACUACUAAAUCUCCCUCUCUUUCUUUUUCUCUCUCUCCUCCCACUAUCUUUCUUUUUCUAUCUCGUUUUCACUCUCCCUCUCUUUCACUCCGAUAUCCUCAGCAUUUUUCUGCAGUUUAACCAAGCCCGCCAAUUAUCGAACGUCCACGUGUCUCUUCCCCUUAUCCUUAAUUCCAUUCUAUUUCCUUCUACUAGUUAAAGUCAUCCACCCGUUCGAUCCAACCCACCACCAUCCCAUUCCAUCCCAUUCUGCCACCCCUCGAUCCUUCCCUUUUAAUCUCCGUCAACGUCGGGGGAAGAAGGGAGGAAAAAAGAAGAAAAAAGAAAAAAAUAACGAAGAGAAAAGCAACGAGAGAGAAAAAAAGCGAUUGUUCCCUGAUCGGUGUUUACACCACCGAAAAAAGAGACGAAAUUCAAGCGGCAAGAUCGUUCACCCUCUUCACCCUCUUUCACCAUCGAUUCCUCACGAUCAUCCACCCAUCCCCUACGUUCUUCGUGUUUGUGUGCGAGUUUCAAAACGAGAGAAGACCGUGAAAACGUGCCGUUAAAGUAAUUAAAUUCGACUGACUCGAUUAGCGUGAGAACUUUCCUCGAAAGUUUUCGAGUUCGUUCCAGUCUUCCCUCUUUCUCUUCAUCUCCCUGUCUCUCUCUAUCUCUCUCUCUCUCUCUCUCUAUCUAUCUAUCUAUCUAACUCUCCUUCUCUCUCUCGUUCUAUCUUUUUCUACGACUCUCGAACGCGAGUGCAACGAGAGGAUUGUGUGUAAUGAUAGUCGAAGGUACUACGCGGAAGCGUUGAAAGAAAAGAGAGGAGGACUCGGUCCGUUAAGUGAUUGCAAGGGAAUGUUACUACUACAACCGACUUGAAAAGUUUUGGUAUACCACUGCAUUGCACGGUUGUUCAAUGGCCAUUAUGUCCCUUGGACUAAACUUUUGCCGUUCCAACGUACGAAGGGAGACAGCCGAGACACCGGAGACGUUUAUGAUGAGGAUAGUCUUCUUGACUUUAGGAUAUUUCCUUCUACUUACACGGGAGGUUAAAGGAGCAACCGAGGCAUGGCUCGAAAGUGAGAAAUAUGCGGAAGUUGGAACGGAAGUGCUACUGCCAUGCAUCCUAAAACCACCACAGUGCGGGGCACUUCAAAGCAUCGACUGGUAUCGCGCGGGUACGCGCAUUUUCGCUUUCAGCGAAGGCACGGGGUUAAUGCGGAGCAACGACGGCGUAGCCAACAGUGACGACAGAUUGGACAUCGAAUACAUGCUCAAUUCGACUACGGCUUAUCUGAAAAUAAUCGAUGUUAAACUCAAGGACGAAGGACUUUACAGAUGCGAAACUGUAUACUCAGCUGGAAAUUUGGAUUGCAAUAAUAUUCAACACGUAACACUUAACGUUACGAUAAAACCCGUUAACGUACAUGUCAUCGACGAGAACACAAAGAACAUUUUAAGUCCGGAUGCAACAUUUGGACCGAUAGACGAAGGUUCAACCAUUUCACUGACUUGCCAGAGUGGCGAGGGUAGACCGGUUCCCACGGUGCAGUGGUUUAAGGGUGAUCAACAGCUCGAAGCCGUAGCAUCAUCAACGGUUGACGCCAAUGGCAUAGGCACUGGUAGAAGCUCCUUGAAGAUGCAAGUGACUCGAGAGGAACUCGGCGAUGUUUUCACGUGCAAGGUCAACAACAUUGCUCUUCUAGAACCCAUCACUGACGACAUUAAACUCGACAUUCACGUGCGCCCAUUAAAAAUGGAUUUGAGUGGAGUGGUCGGUCACGCUGUGCAAGGAACAAAAAUAUUAUUACAAUGUACCGUAAGUUCAGCUAGACCAGCUGCCAAUGUGACUUGGUACAAUGGAUCGGAACCAUUGACUACUAGUAACGAAAAAUACGAACUAUUUGAGACGAAAAUAUUUGAAAAUAACGACAGUACGUCAAAAACGAUAAGUUAUCUUGCAUUUACCGCAUCGGCAUACGACAAUGGGAAAACGUUUAGUUGUAUCGCCGAAAAUCCUGUUAUUCGUACCAAACGUCUCAAACCUAUGAAGGAAGUAAUCACGAUCAAAGUAUUGUAUCCGCCGAUAAUUAAAAUGACACCGGUCAACAUAACCGUCAAUGAAACUGAAGACUUUAUUAUUUAUUGCGAUUACGAGGCUAAUCCAACUACGUUGACCAAAGUUACAUGGUUACAAGACGAUAUAGAGUUAACAUUGGACGAGGAACAUUACGAGGGUGGUAUCACGGUUAAUACGGCAUUAAUCGUAAAGAAUGCUACCGCUACCGAUAUGGGUUCCUAUAAAUGCAUUUUAGAGAAUAGCGUUGGCGCUACGAGCUCGAAGGAGAACGUAAAUGUGUCCGUUUUAUAUAAACCUGUGGUCGAAGUGAUAUCGGAUCCAGGGACCCCAGUGAACGAGGAAGAACGUUUGAACGUGUCGCUGAGUUGCACUGUACUAUCUGGAAAUCCAGAGAUCCUAACGGCGGUACGUUGGUACUUGGAUGGAGACCUUUUAAAAGAACUUCCAGACUGUACGAUGAACUAUACGAUAACGUCAACGUUGCCCGAAGAAUCCUCGAGUAUUUGCGACAUUGACCCUAGCAAACUGUUAUUGGAAGCUGUUGGACGUUCCUUUCACGGGGAUUAUUCUUGCGAGGGUAGAAACGAAGCUGGCUGGGGUCCCAUGUCUCCGAGUACAUCGGUCACGAUUUAUUAUAAACCUGGUCCAGCAACAAUAUCUUACGAACCGAAACAAGUUGUGAAAGGUCAACGACUAACUAUCGCCUGUUCGGUCCUGGAUCCUGGACGUCCAGUAAUAAAUAGUUUCAAAUGGUUCCGUGAUUUGUACAGGCUAACUGAUCAAACCAAUUCUUUACUCGAUAUCGAAUCGGUCGACGUUAAGGCUGCUGCUAAUUUUACCUGCAUGGCAUCGAACGACGCCGGGGAUGGCUAUCCUGCUACGACAUCGGUCGAUGUAUUAGUGGCACCUACGUUCAUUCGAGCCCUGGAAAAUUAUCAAGGAUUCGUUUACAAUUCGAAAAACGUUAGCCUUGUUUGUUGGAUCGAGUGCGUUCCAGGUUGUAAUAUUUCUUGGUAUAGGAACGAUCAAUUAAUCGAUUUCGAUAUCUCCGAUCGUUAUUAUCUAUCGAACAGUUAUAUGCCGUUGGAUUAUGAGAACAAUUAUUUCGCAAGUAUACAAUCUAAUUUAACAUGGAAUUUGACUACACUGGCAAAUGGCCGUCUCGACCACAUUGACGAUGACGCCAAAUUCACUUGUAAAAGCAGUGACAAUGGUAUUGGGACACCGAUAGAAAGUACUACACAAUUUCACGUAGAAUUCCCACCGGAGAACAUAACGAUCUCGAAGAAGAUAAUAAACGUGACGGUGGACACUAUACCGGAAACUGUCAGUUGCGACGCAAAGGCUUAUCCAAACGCGACCUUCAGAUGGUUCCGCGAGGGUUCGAACGAUACUAUAAUAAAUGGACAAAUACUCGAUUUAAAUACACCUAUACCAAGGCGUAGCAAUGGGACUUAUUAUUGCGAGGCAUCGAAUCGUCAUGGGAAACAAAAUAUUUCACUUGUGGUGAACGUGCAAUUUAAGCCUGACUGUCACAUACAGCGGAAACGAUUGGAGGAUCAGGAUUACAUCAGCUGUUUGGCAAUUGGAAAUCCAGAAGAAAUCAAUUUUAUCUGGUCCGUAGAAACUGACAACGAAACGAUAGAACCAGAUUUCAAGAUUCUGGACGGGAUAAGCUAUGUACUUUUAGAUACUUCAAUCACGAAAUUUCGAACGUACGUGUGCAUUGCCAACAAUUCAAUCGGUCAAUCCACUGCCUGCGAGUUGGAUAUAACCGGAGACGUACCUUGGUGGUAUCGUAUGGAUGGUAACCUGUUACUGAUUGCAAUAAUCGUAUCGAUUAUCAUAAUACUUGCAAUAAUUAUCGUCUGUGUAGUUAUUUUAAUAAUUUGCAGACGAAAAAGGAAGCUAAUUAAAUACUCAAAUGAAAAUGGAAACAAUAAUCAAGCGAAUAAUAUGACGGAAACAAUGGCGGAUGGUGCAACAAAAACGUUUUACGAAAAUUUACCUUUUCAUGGUAUUCAAGCUCCGCCUAAUAAGGCCUUCAGCCCGGGAUUUUCUGAUUUGGAUUAUGCCGAUGUAGAUUAUCGUUCAUAUGGGCCUAUUAAUUAUAAAGCUGCCAGUAUCGCGCUCUUUCAAAAGCAACAGGCUAUACAGAGACAACAACAGAAUCAACAAGAAGAGAGAAGACCACAAAUGUAUGGUGUUUCGGAUGAUAACGAGGAACUACUUUAAUAAUCGUUGAUAUCACCGAUCAUCGAUGAUAACAAACAAAGAGAACGCGAGACCAAAGUUAAUCAAGACUUAUCAUUGAAUCUAAUUAACGAAGAUUAUAUAAGAACGUAUUUAUUUUUUUCUAUGCCCCUCGAAACAAAAGAAAAAAAAGAAGAAAAAAAAGACAAAAAAAAAGGAGAUAUGAAAAGAAAAAAAAAAAGAUAAGAAAAGAAAAAAAAUAUCGGAAUGGUGUGUGUGUCUAUUUGUCUGUCUUAUUUAUUUAUAACAUUGUUCAAAAUCAAUCAAUUAAUAUCUCAUUAAAUGCAGCAUUUAAAUAUCAUUGAGAAUAGUACAUAAAUAUAUAUAUAUAUAUAUAUUUAUGUACAUAUACCAAGAUAUUAUUAUCUCGUUUCGACUGUUGUAAAAAAAAAAAAAAAAAAAAAAAAAUGGAAAAAAGAAAAAAAAGAAAAUGCAAGUAACAUGUAACAUAUACUGCGAUUAACAUCUCAUGCAACAUAAUUAUAAUUAUUUUGUUUUAUUUUUUAUUUCCUUUUUUUUUACCUUCUUUUUCUUUCUUUUCUGAUCAAAUUUACAAUUCAGAAUCUUUCUCUCUCUCUUUCUCUCUCUAUCUUUCUCCCUCCCUCUCUCUCUCUGUCUCUCUCUUUCUCCCUUUCUUCCUCCCUCUCUCUAUCUCUCUCUCUCUCUCUCUCUCUCUGUGUGUCUCUCUCUAUGGUUAGUAUCGAUUGACGUCAAAAUUCGUAACCAUUUCCAUAGAAUUAAUCAAUGGCAGAGUCGACGUACUUAGCAAUAUGCAUAGCAAUAAUCGUAACAUAAUGUGUCGCAGAUUUGGUAUCUCGUCGAAAAAACAAUCUUGAAACAAUGUUAACUUGUAUGCCAAUGUCCUUAAUAUAAUAAUAUAUAUAUAUACAUAUAUUAUUUAUUUGUUAAAAAAAAAAGAUGAAGAAAAAGGAAGAAAGAAAGAAGCUACACGUUGUCUUCGAUCAACUCCAUUCUCUACGAAAAUUUUUCAUUUAAUUUGAGAAAUCAAUUUUUUUUCUUUUUAUUUCUUUUAUUUUGUUUAUAUUAAGUGUACGUAUAUAUACAUUUAUAUAUAUAUAUAUAUAUAUAUAUAUAUAAAUAUACUUUUUUUUUUAAUACAUAACUAUACAUAUAGGGUGAUCAAAAAAUUCCUAGAUAAAGUGGAAAGAUUUUAGACAAUUUUUAAAAGUCAAUUAAACCAAUUCCCAGUCGAGACUUUUCAGGCUAACUUUUUAUUUUCUUUUUUCAAAUCGUAAAAUUGCAAGCCCGAAGAGUCUUUGAAAAAACAGAAUUUACGAACUUUUCGAUCGCCCUUUUAUUCUAUUAUCGUUUAUUCCAUCUAUAAUAUCUUCAUGUAUUGAUUAACGAAAAAAAAAAGAAAGAAAAAGAAAAAGGAAAAAACAAAAAAAAAUACUUCAUUACUAUUUUGAUUUAUCAAACUUC